CCAUCCUUGCCUCCCGACGAUGUAAGCCUCGCGCCCGCCUCUCCGCGCGCCACGCCACGCCACGCAACAUCUACGCGCCCGCACGCCACGCGCCACGACGGCCGCCAGCAGUCACACAAAUCGCCGCGCCCACUCCAACGUCCACGAUGUCCUCACUCUCACAUCCCGCCGCCCGCAGCCUCCACGAUGUCCGACGACUACGCUCAGAAGCCCACCCAGGAGUACGGCACCACGCGCGACUCCUCCACCGGCAACUCGAUCCAGAACCUCCUCGUGACUCUCUCCGUCGCCGGCCUCUGGCUCCUUGUCACCGCCGCCGCGCCGCAGGGCGGCUACGGUGCGCCUGACUACGAGUAUCCGUCCACCUACUGGGACAAGUACCGCAAGUACGCCGUCUCCGUCGGCGCCGUCGGCCUCGGCCUCGGCCUCAUCGCACUCCUCAUGACCCGCUUCAAGCCCGACAUGUCCGACAAGAAGAUGCUCUCCAUCAAGUCGACCGACGUCUCCGUCCUCGGUGCCUUCUCAAUCUUCUUCGUCCUCUGGUGGGGCGUCGGCGCGGGCGUCUGCACCUUCAAGUCGCCCUUCGCGCCCGACGGCACGUCCGCGGUUCCCGCCGGCAACGGCUACUUCUCGGUGUGGACCGGCUUCCUCGCGUCGCUCCUCCUCCUCUCCAAGACCAUGAGCAUCGGCGACGCCAAGUCGCUCAAGGGGCGGGCCGCCGGCCUCUUCUUCGCCGCGGUCAUGCUGCUCAUCGCCACCAUCAAGUACGUCGACCCCAACGACGGCGUCGAGUUCCCCAGUGCCGGGCCGCAAACCCAAACCACCGACGACAUCGCCAUCUUCGGCAUGGCUUCCGCCGCGGCCACCAUCCUCAUCACCAUCAUGAUCAUCUUCGCCGACAUGAAGGAGUCGGCCAUCCAGACACUCAUCCCGAUCCUCGUGCUGCUCUGGGCGGCCACCGCCGGCGUCCUCACCUUCCGCAGCGGCUCGCCCUUCACCGGGAUGAACAACGGAUAUUUCUCGUCCUGGUUUGGCUUCUUCAUGGCCGCGCAGAUGACUGGCAGCGCCUCUGGCCCGCUCAACUCCAACAUCUUCCAGAUCCUCGCGCUCGGCGUGGUGGUGGUGCUCUCGGCCUACUUCUACCAGGGCGCGGUCACGACUCCCGUGGCUGCGGGUGUCGUUGACAUGGUCUACCAGGACAACAUCGUGCCCGACCGCCAGGCGUACAUGAUUGCCGUCGGCGCCGUCGCCGGCUUCCUUGCCCUCUUCCACUACUGGUGCUCCGUCUUCAAGCCGGCGCUCCUCGAGACGGUCCUCUUCAACGUCAGCGACUCGCCUGUCUCGAUGCGCCGCGCAAUGGCCAUCUUCCUCGUCCCGUGGGUCGCCGCCGGCGCCAUCGUCGGAACCUUUGGCGUCACCGGCGGCGGAAUCUUCGUUGCUCCCGCCACCACCGCUAACGGGUACUUUUCCAUCUGGCUGCUCCUGGUCGCAUGCCUCGCACACCUUGGCAGCGAGGCGGAGGCUGCCGUCGAGAACGUCCGCGCCGUCGCCAACGCCGACGCCCUCUCCUCGUCGAUGUUUGCGUUCCUCUUCGCGUCGGUGAUCGUCCUUGGCUCGCUCCUGCAGGACCAGGAUAAUGUCAUUCAGGAGGGGCGCAGCGACGACGUCCGCGGCAUGUUCGGCGAGUACGUGUACUCGCUCGUGCUGGUGUGCAUCUCGGCCUUCGUCGGACUCUACCACCUCGUGCUCAAGGAGCCGCUCCCCCUCGUCAACAAGAUCGCCACCCCGCUCCUUGCCCUCGGCUGGCUCGGCGCGGCUGGCGUCCUGACCUUCCGCGACUCGGCUGGCUUCUCAGUCGCCGGCAACGGCUUCUUCGCCGUCUACGUCGGCCUCUUCCUCUCCUUCGCCCUCGUGGGCAAGGUGCACCUCAGCCCGGCGCGCGACGACCCGCCCGCCGCCGACGCGGUGAUCUCGGCGGCGUAAGAGCGCCGCCUUGAAGACAGGGAGGCUGCGCGUGCCGCCAACUGCGAGCCUACAAGAGGCAAGGGAGGCCGCGCGGUCCGACCACCACCACCACCCCAAUCCCACCGCAUGCUCUACUUGUAUUCGGAGCCCGAGUAUCUCGAUACGUCUCGUCCCGUGGCGCGUGUGUGCGCGCGCGCUCCACCUCCGUCCUCAUACCUCACAGACCCCGCUCACCCGAUCCCCCACAGAGACCCGCCCCGCGCACGCAGAUGCCAGAUCUGUGUAGUCACCGUCCCGCAUGCUGUUAGGUGUGUUCUUACCUCAGAUGUUUCCAUACAUGAAAAUACAUACAGAGCCG